AACAAGACUUGCAGAAACAGUUUGCCCAAGAACACAAGUGCCAGAGAAGAUUGUCCCGGUUAAAGCUGUAGGUCAUGAAAAGGGAUCCUACUGCUUUCUCUUUCAUAAAGACACAAAUGAUGCAGUCUCAAUUCUCAUUUCUGUUGGACGCCUAGUUUUCUAGAAGCCAAUCAGCUACGCACAGGUUUCAAAGUACGAAGUCAACAGGAAUACAGUCCUCCUUAUGGUUCCUCACAGACCCAAGGAGUGAGGAUGUUGCUUUUUGCCCACUUGCUCCAGCUGCUGACCAAAGCCACAGUGCUGGUCAGCGCCACAGUCCCGACCCAGACUGGCCCACACUCGCUGCGGUAUUUCCACACCGCCGUGUCCCGGCCCGGCCUCGGGGAGCCCCGGUUCAUCAUUGUCGGCUACGUGGACGACACGCAGUUUGUGCGCUUCGACAGCGACGCGGAGAAUCCGAGGAUGGAGCCGCGGGCGCUGUGGAUGAAGCAGGAGGAGCCGGAGUACUGGGAGCGGGAGACUCGGAAAGCCAGGGACAUGGGGAGGAACUUCAGAGUAAACCUGAGGACCCUGCUCGGCUACUACAAUCAGAGUAAGGACGAAUCUCACACGCUGCAGUGGAUGUAUGGCUGCGACUUGGGGCCCGAUGGGCGCCUGCUCCGCGGGUAUUGUCAGGAGGCCUACGAUGGCCAGGAUUACAUCUCCCUGAACGAGGACCUGCGCUCCUGGACCGCGACUGACUUUGCCUCACAGAUUUCUAAGCGCAAGUCAGAGGCGGCCGGUGAGGCCCACCAACAGAGGGCAUACCUGCAAGGUCCUUGCGUGGAGUGGCUCCAGAAAUACCUACAGCUGGGAAACGAGACACUGCUGCGCUCAGAACCCCCAAAGGCACAUGUGACCCGUCACCCCAGACCUGAAGAUGAAGUCACCCUGAGGUGCUGGGCCCUGGACUUCUACCCUGCUGACAUCACCCUGACCUGGCAGUUGAAUGGGGAGGAGCUGACCCAGGACAUGGAGUUUGUGGAGACCAGGCCUGCAGGGAAUGGAACCUUCCAGAAGUGGGCAUCUGUGGUGGUGCCUCUUGGGAAGGAGCAGAAUUACACAUGCCAUGUGUACCAUGAGGGGCUGCCUGAGCCCCUCACCCUGAGAUGGGAGCCUCCUCCAUCCACUGACUCCAAUAUGGUGACUCACAUUGCUAUUCUGGUUGUCCUUGGAGCUGUGGCCAUCAUUGGAGCUGUAGUGGCUUUUGUGAUGAAGAGGAGACACUUAGGUAUAAAAGGAAGCUAUGCUCAUGUUCUAGGCAGCAAGAGCUUCCAGACCUCUGACUGGCCUCAGAAGGCAUGAAAAUCCCUGGGGGCCUGGGACUGGACCUGAGGCACAAGGGAGACUGGGGUUCAAUUCCUAGCACCGACAUGGCAGGUCACUGUCUGUUACUAGUAACAAACAGUUCAUGUCUCAUGAAUGUAGACAUGAAUGCAACUAAAGCACCAAUAAUAAUAACUUGUAAAAGUUAUAUAUGUAUAUCAAAUAAU